UGUCGCAAUAAUGUUUUCUACGGUCAUUGGUGCCAACAGAUGGCGGCAGUUUAAAGUUGGGUGUUACUCUGCCCAGGCUGCUACCAUAGAAGAAGAAUGUAGACCAAUAGUACUUUAACGAUUUCCGCUGAUCGUUUCCGUGUAAAUCUUAGCAUUGCGUUAGCCGUCAAGCUAAAACUUUAGCUUCAUACAGCCAUAUUUUCAGAGUAACAACAUAUUUAAACGGUCUCAGAUCAUGGACAGUGAAGUGUCUGACACUGACCAUGUACCAGUGCCUGAGAACACUGGUAUGGAGGGGGAGAACGCACCUCUUUACUGUAUUUGUCGGAAACCAGACAUCAACUGCUUCAUGAUUGGCUGUGACAACUGUAAUGAGUGGUUCCAUGGCCACUGCAUUAACAUCACUGAGAAAAUGGCGAAGGCAAUCCAGGAAUGGUACUGCAUGAGAUGCAGAGAAGAAAACCCCUUGUUGGAAGUAAAAUACAGAUCAAAGAAAAAUCGUGACAAGGAUCCCGACUCUGACAGAGGUGAAAGACAGUACAGCACUCCAAGUACUCCAGAUUAUAGAAGUGAAAGGCGGCGUGGAUCCAAAGUAAAGCGUUCAGUGAGGAUGUGCGGGGAAUGUGAGCCUUGCAGGAGGACUGAAGACUGUGCUCAGUGUGAUUUCUGCAAGGACAUGAAGAAGUUUGGAGGCCCCAACAAAAUCAGACAGAAGUGCAGGUUCAGGCAAUGUGAAGUGCGAGCCAGGAAAAUGCUGCGUGUGAAGGAUGAGGAAUUCUCUCUGAGAGAAAGGAGGGACAAUUCCCACCACAGACGGAGGCGGUACUCUGAGGACUACGACAGCGAGGCAGAACUCUACCAGCAGUACAAGACGGCAGGACUGGACGACAGCAUGGCGUGGGCCAGUGAGGACGAAGACGAGGUGCCCUUCAGUCCUGUCAUGCGUAAGAAAGCUAUAAAGGUGAAGCAUGUCAAGAGACGAGAAAAGAAGUUUGAGAAGAAAAAGGAGUCACGUCGCCACAAGCAGAAGCAGAAGCACAAAGACAGAAGCAGGCACAGCGAGAGGGGGGAUUUGCGAGAUAGCGGAGGUCAGCGUCAGUGCCUGGGACCGAACUGUGUGGAGGGAGCAAGACCCAACUCCAAAUACUGCUCUGAGGACUGCGGCAUGAAGUUGGCCGCCAACCGGAUCUAUGAGAUCCUCCCUCAGCGUAUCCAGCAGUGGCAGCAGAGCCCCUGCAUUGCCGAGGAACACGGUAAGAAGCAGCUGGAGCGGAUACGCCGGGAACAGCAGAACGCCCGGCUCCGCCUCACCGAGAUGGAGCGACGCUUCCACGAACUGGAGGGCAUCAUCGCCAAAGCGAAGCAGCAGGCGGUUCAGCAGGACGAGGAGGUAAAUGAAGGCGACAGCGAGGACACAGAUCUGCAGAUCUUCUGCGUGUCUUGUAGUCACCCGAUCAAUCCAAAAGUGGCACUCAGACAUAUGGAGAGAUGCUAUGCAAAGUAUGAGAGCCAGACCUCCUUCGGGUCAAUGUACCCUACAAGGAUAGAAGGCGCAACCAGGCUCUUCUGUGAUGUGUACAACCCACAAAGCAAGACAUAUUGCAAGAGGCUUCAGGUUUUGUGUCCAGAGCAUUCCAGAGAUCCAAAGGUGCCUGUGGAUGAGGUGUGUGGGUGCCCUCUAGUGAAGAAUGUGUUUGAGCUGACAGGAGAAUAUUGCAGAGUCUCCAAAAGGAAGUGCAACAAACAUUACAACUGGGAAAAGCUCAGGAGAGCCGAGGUGGACUUGGAGCGUGUCAGGGUGUGGUACAAGCUGGACGAGCUCUUUGAACAGGAACGUAAUGUCAGGACUGCUAUGACCAACAGAGCUGGUCUCCUCGCUCUGAUGUUGCACCAAACUAUUCAGCACGACCCGUUGACGACCGAUCUCCGUAGCAACAAGGAUAGGUAGUCAACUCUGCUACUGUUGGAUCUGUGGAUCACUGUAUAUUUGGGAUGCACCAAUUGUCAAAUUUUGGACUUCUUGUUUUUUUUUACGUUUGAUUCCAUAAUGUGUUUCAGGGAAACAAAGAAAUCUUCAUGAUUUCUUUUUCUUUAAAUUUUAAACAGAAACAUCACCCACCGCAAUCAGUAAAUGUGUCAUUUGCCAGGCAGAACAGCUGGAAUUAACAUGUUGGUGCACCCGUACUUUACAUAACAUGAGUUUUGAGAAGUAAGGGGUAUAAACAUUAACAACCAAUUUUAUGGAGGCUGAUUUUCUAACUAGAUAAUUAUUUUAAAAAUGUGUGUAUGAUAAUAUAUAUUUUCCUGAUAGUAGUAGAUGAACUACUGCUGAUUGAAAACUGCUCUUUUUUUAUGUUUACCCUGAAUAAACACCUGAAACCUGUUGUGUAUGA